AUGACAUCUGCCAGAGAAAGAUUGGCAAUGUUACAUUCACAUAUCAAAGACAAUUCCAAUAUAAAAGUACUGGCUGAGUUUCCAGUGUUAGUUAAAAGUGAAAGACAAAAGUAUUUGAAUAGUAACUUUCAAUCUGUUCCAGGCAGUUCAAAUUCAUCCAAUUUUGCAUCAACAGUUAUGAGACCAAUGAGUAAACCCAUAAUGUCUAUUUCUUCCACUACAAGUAACACUAGUAUAUCUCAAUGCAGUCUCCCACAAGAUUAUGUUGAAGUUUGCAAUAGUACCUCCAAAUUCAUACCCCCAACGACAAAGUCAUUCUCAAAUCUGGAAUUUGAUGAUAUUUGUGCUAAAGUGGACAAGAAGUUGAGGUUAUUGUUAGGAAGUAAUAAUCCCAGUGACUCUUACAUAUUAUCUGGAGGUGAGAGUUUGGGAUGGGAAAUUUUAGGCCAAAACAUAGUUCAAUCAUUAGAAGAUGAUAUAUUAUGCAUAAGUACUGGUGCUUACUCGAAACAAUUUGCUAAGCACUUACUAAAUUACGUGGAAUCUGAAGACAGAAAUAUUACUGUUCUAGAGGCAAAUAUAGGAUGUACUGUUCCUUUAGAAUUAAUUAAAAAUGAAUUAACGAAAAGGUGUUAUGGAAUUGUGGCCUUGACUCAUACCGACAAUUCAACAGGAGUUGUGACAAACAUUAAAGAAGUUUCACAACUAAUAAAACAAAUUUCUCCAAACACUUUAAUUGCUGUGGAUGCUGUUUAUUCGGCAGGAGUUGAAGAAAUAGAUGUUGAAAAUUGGGGAAUAGAUUUCACAUUGAGUACUUACAAAAACACCGUAUUGACUACUGAAGUUUUAUCAUAUAUUUUGCUAUCAUCACGAGUUCUUUCAAAGAUUCCUAAAGGUAUUAUGAAUGGUUCUAACUCGUCAAAUAACUAUAAGAUGCAGUUGGCUUAUUCAAAUGCUAAUUUUCAACUCCUUAACGCCUUGGACUCCUCUCUUUGGCGACUUUUCGGAAUGGAUGAACAACAGGAUAUUUCAAUUGAUAUCUCGAAUAAAAUAAAGUCUGGGUUACUCUCCCGCUUUGCCGAUUAUAAAUCAGCCGCUGAAAAGCUACGUAAAAGUUUGAUUAAUGAAGAGACUGGAAUAAGUGCAAUAUCCCAAGACUGGUCGAAUUGCAGCAAUGGUAUGACAGCAAUGUACUUACCAAAAACUAGUGAAAUAUCAGAAUUAUUGAAAACACUUUGCGAAGAAUGUGAUAUUUCUUUAGUUAAUGGCAUUCAUUCUAGAUUUGCAUCGGAAUACAUCAGCAUUGAGCAUGCAGGGUUCAGGUUUUCUGGUAAUGAUAUCGACGUGGAUAAAGUAGUUGAAAUUAUCAAGAAAGGUUUGACCAACAGUAAAUAA